GAUGAUUAAAAGGUUGUAAAAAGAAUUUGAGUAAGUUUAAUCUGCAAUAGAAGAAGGAAUCAUUGAAAAUAUGACAGUAGAUGUCUAAUAAGUAAAUAACUCAGCAAAUUAUAAAAAAUGGAAUGUGGUAAUUUAUGGAAGAGAGGGUACAAUCUGGUAAGGCGGAGAAUAUCCAGGCGUAUUAGAAUUCUCUGAUAGUUAUCCAGCUACAUCUCCUGUAUACACUUGGACAUUGUAUGGAAAAAUGAGAUUUUUACAUAUGAAUAUCUAUUCUUCUGGUAAAACUUGUAUCGACAUUUUAAAUGAUAAAAUUGGAUAUACACCAGCAAAAACAUGUGUAGAAAUAUUAAAAGCAUUAGAAGAUUUCCUUUAUCGUCCUAAUCCAAAAUCACCUACUAAUGGUGAAUUAGCUAAAACAUUUGAAAAAGACUUACCUGAAUAUGAAAAGUAAAUCAAAGAGUUUGUUUAGAAAUAUAUGGAGGAAAAACAAAAACUAGAAGCUAAGUGAAUAUUAUUUUUAAAUUUAUACAAAAAAA